AGAAAGAAGGCAGCUAGUUAGAACUUGAUUGCAUGCAAUGGGAGUGCAAGUAUUGGAAGCUUAUGCUGACGCAAAAUUGGAUGAUAUUGGUGAUUUUGCGCCUAUUGGUGUAGUCAAAGAUCUUGUCCCCAAGAUUGAUUAUACUACUCCAAUUAAGGAGUGGCCUUUGUUCCUGGCACAAUUGACAAGAUUUAGCUAUGGUGGCAUUUGUGUUGGAACAGCUAUAUCUCAUACCAUGGUUGAUGGACGAUCUACAAAUAACUUCAACUUAUGGGCAAAGUUGGCUCAAGGAUGCGAUUUGGAGGAUGAUGAGAUACCAUUUCUUGAUCGAACUGUGUUGAAAUCAAGUGAACCGCUUAUGAAGCUGCGCUUUGAUCACAUAGCAUACCCCACAAAGUCUCCACUCGUGAUCAGGAGCCUGGAUGCCAAGGAAGAGCAAAAGAAGGAAACUAGUGUCGCCUCAUUAUUGGCUCUGUUCUUUAGUCCCUCAACUUGCUCUCUUGUAAGUUUUAAUAAGGCCACACUAGUUUCCUUCUUUUGCUCUUCCUUGUUAGAGGGUAGUCAAAGAGUUGGGUCUUUUAAAAAAUAA